AUGCCGUUCUUUCAGCAAUCUGGGCUAAAAGAGCGAAAGAAAAGGCUUGCGGCCUACCAUCUCCCCCCAAGUCUGGGACUUGAGGAGUGGUGGAGCACACCUAGACCCCGGACACAAGGGGCGACACCACCAAAGCUACAAUGCCAGGCCCACUACCUGACUUGGGAAGGCGUUCCGAGAAACUACCAGGUACGCCUUGCGACUCCCGAGAUAUCGGGUCCCUGCUCCAGACCAAGAUGGCAGUCCUUAAGGCCCACCCCGGGCCCUCUCACAAGAGGGAGCUCAACCUCAGCCCAAGCAACAGGAACCCGAGCUUUCUCAACCCUGGCAACUAAGCAGGACCCUCCUUGCUGA